ACGAAUAGAACCGACGAACUCCGCGAAUAGGCGAGCAGCAUCCACACAAGCAGCCAUUUAAUUAAUUGGGAUUACUUUAAAAUCAUUAAUUUAAAUACUCAACCUUUUUUAGUUUGACCGUAAUGCGAUAGGAAUUCCAAUAAUUAUAAUUUUCAAUAUGCCAAAUCAAAUGCGGUCCGCUAGAAUUAGGCAGACAAAUGCAAUGUGGACCUUCCCCUGACAACAAAAACAGACUGGCUACAAAUGACGGGGUUAAUAAAUGCACAGCGUUCACUUCUAAAUAAUGAAAAUAGAGAUUCAUCGAGGUUAUUUUGAAGACGGAUGGAUGGAAAUGCAUAAACAAGGAGCGUCAAGACGUUCGUCAAGGGAAAGUCGAUAUUUCACCGCUAUGAAAAUCUUAGAUCUGACGAUAUAGAGGAAGAUAGAUUGUAUUGCAGGCUACAUAGAAGCUAGCCGCCUACGUGCUGUAACCUCUCCUAAAUUGUCUUUAGACUCUAUAUUUACCUCCGACAUGACAAUACAUCCGAGGAUCGUGCAAAUUACAUGAAAUGAUGGACACGAAAAUUGGACACAUCCUUAGUCUGUGUGAAACUUAUGUUUAAGACGCUCAGUGAACAUUAGGCUACCUGUGGCCAAAUUGUAUCAUCGCUCAGAGGACAGACAUAGCCUAUCUUGAAUGUGGUGGUUUCGAUAUUGACUGAAGAACGUGUUAAUAUCAGUGUCAGUGCCGCCUCUCUGACUGAGGUUUCCCGCAUCUUUACAAAUCCCAGAAAUCGAAGAUGCUAAAUGUAAUGGAGACAAAUGAGCCUGUUAUGUAGAAUGGAUCCUCACAUAUCUCUGUAAGAGGCGGGACAAAGGGAGAAAACCCCAGGACGGACGAUAGGAGGGCUGCCGUGCCAAAGGUGGAAGAGUGGCGUCGGUCCGAGAGAGAGAGAGAGGGGGGUAGAAUCAACCUAGCACCCCUACCCCUAGAAUCAUAGAGUUGAAGGCAUGUCUAACCAGACCCAGAUCUUUGGCAUUGAUGGCCCAGGGAGCCUGCUGGCAGUGUUGGCCUCACAGAGGGCCAGUAGCAUUAGCAGCACCAGCAGCAGCAGUGAAGGAAUCUCAGCUGCGGCCGUGUCCACCUAUGUCAAGUUGGUGUUCCUGGGCCUGAUCCUCUGUGUCAGCCUAGCAGGCAACCUGCUGGUGUCUCUGUUGGUCCUCCAAGACCGAGCCUUUCACAAGGCCCCCUAUUUCUUCCUGCUGGACCUUUGCCUAGCUGAUGUCAUCCGUUCUGCUGCCUGCUUCCCCUUCGUCCUGGUGUCUGUCCACAACAGCUCGGCAUGGACCUACAGUGCCUUCAGCUGCAAGCUGGUGGCCUUCCUAGCUGUGCUCUUCUGUUUUCAUGCUGCCUUCAUGCUGUUCUGUGUGGCUGUGACCCGCUACCUGGCCAUCGCCCACCACCGCUUCUACGCCAAACGCAUGACGGUCUGGACCUGCGCUGCCAUCAUCUGCAUGGUCUGGACUUUGGCCAUUGCCAUGGCGUCUCCGCCUGUCUUUGACGUGGGGACGUACAAGUUCAUCCAAGACGAGGACCAGUGCAUUUUCGAGCAUCGCUACCUUAAGACCAAUGACACUCUGGGCUUCAUGCUCAUGCUGGCCGUCGUGGUCCUGGCCACUCACGGGUUCUACGCCAAACUCCUGCUGUUUGAAUACAAGCACCGCAAGAUGAAGCCUGUCCAGCUUGUGCCGGCCAUCAGCCAGAACUGGACCUUCCACGGCCCGGGUGCCACGGGUCAGGCAGCAGCCAACUGGAUCGCAGGCUUUGGCCGAGGCCCAAUGCCCCCCACCCUGCUGGGCAUCAGGCAGACUUUGCACAACCAGCAGCACCGGUGCCUGCUUGGCAUGGAGGAGGUCAGAUCUGAGAGGAGGCUAGGAAGGAUGUUCUACAUCAUCACCCUGCUCUUCCUGGUGCUCUGGGCUCCCUACAUAGUGGCCUGUUUCUGGAGGGUGUUUGUCAAGUCCUGCUCCAUCCCUCACAGGUACCUCUCUAUCACAGUGUGGAUGAGCUUCGCCCAAGCAGGAGUCAACCCUAUCUUCUGCCUUCUGCUCAAUGAGGACUUGAGGAAAGUGCUGAGGGCCCACCUGCCCACCUACAGCAGGACUAGACAACACCAACAGCUGCACCGCCAUGAGCUGUUUGUGUUCACCAUCACAUGAAGCACUAUCGUGCGAUGGGGUGGGAUUGGGGUGUUUUGUUUGUAUCAUACAGAAAUGCCUAUCUGACCUUUUUUUUGUAAAGAGAAUGUUUAUCAGAAGCUACUAUUUUUGCAAAUGUAUUAUGACUUUGUUUCAUAUGUAAUGUGCAGAUGAUGUGUGUGUGGACAUGUGCAGUAUGAGAAGCAGGUUUGUAGUAAUACUUAGUAAUGAACAUUCUCAGUAGAUUAUCUCAUUAAAAUGAUGUUAAAACUGA